GGCGGGGAUUGUGAGAAAAGCCAAAAUCAAAACCCUUGUUAGGUUAUUCUGGAAUCUCCUUCGAUUGCCCUCACAAAUUGCCAGUUGCCACCAAUCACCUCUCACAAUUUCUUCGCCCGCCAAAUACAAAACCUCUCCCUCUCACUCGCUCACUCUCACAAAGGUCACCCAUUCAACUACAUCAACCAAGUCAAGUUCUAAUUUCUGGAUUUUUAAUUGGCAAUGGCGGAUGCACCGACGAGUCCAGCGAACGGGAGCCAUGAGAGUGGAGGAGAGCAGAGCCCGCAGGAGUCUUCUUCCGGCGGCCUAUGUGGUGCAGGAGCAAGGGAGCAGGACAGGUUCCUCCCUAUCGCCAACAUCAGCAGGAUCAUGAAAAAGGGGCUCCCUGCCAAUGGCAAGAUCGCCAAGGACGCCAAGGACACAAUGCAGGAAUGCGUUUCGGAAUUCAUCAGCUUCAUCACCAGCGAGGCAUGUGAGAAGUGCCAGAAAGAGAAGAGGAAGACCAUUAAUGGAGAUGAUUUGUUAUGGGCGAUGGCCACUUUAGGAUUUGAAGACUACAUAGAACCUCUUAAAGUGUACCUAGCAAGAUUCAGAGAGGUAUUUUUAGUGACAUUUUAUUCUCCUGUCUCUAUUUUCCUUUAUUCUCCUGACUACAUAGAUAAUAGGGUGAUAAUUUAUUGUGAUUGCUAAGUACAACAGCUUUUCCCUAUAAAUGUUUUAACAAAUUGCUAAUGACUACUCAUGCUAGUUUCACUAAUAAGUAAUAACUGCUUUUCACGUCAUACUGUUUGUGGCUUUCUGUCUUAGUAGUAUUUACAUCCAACAUUUCUCCAUACUUCGUGUAUAUUUGUUAGAACCGAGAUUUUGUCUCUUCUAAAGCCUAAAACCCAACUGAGAAAUAUGAAUUUUAUGCUUCCUAGUUUUCACUUUCCAUUUCCUUCUCCAUACAA